AUGCGACCUGGUCUAUCCGCUACCCAGAUCGUAGGCGCAAGCCUAGUCGCAACCCACUUCGCGAGCGCAUUAUCACCGUGCACGAAAAUCGACGAUUCUUAUGACUUUGUGAUUGUGGGAGGAGGUCAAGCUGGACUCGUGUUGGGCGCUCGUCUUUCGGAGGAUAAAAAUCAUACCGUGCUCGUUCUCGAGUCGGGCGGGGAUGGAGACGAAUAUCGGAAGCGCAUAGAUACACCGGCAUAUGGAUAUUUCGAUUCAUUAUGGACAACGCCUUUGAAUUGGGAUUUUUACACUGUUGCUCAGCCUAAUGCAGACGACCGCGAGAUUAAUUGGCCCCGUGGAAAGGUCCUAGGAGGCAGUUCCGCCAUCAAUGGCUUGUACAUGACCCGUCCGGGCGAAGAUGAAAUCAAUGCCUGGAAAGACAUGCUCGGAGGUAUGGAUGGAGCAGAUAAUUGGUCGUGGGACUCGUUCUACACUGCUAUGAAGAAAAGCGAGACUUUCAGUCCACCGGUUGAUGAUGUGAUUGACGAGGCUGGAAUCGUCUGGAAUGCAUCACACCACGGUACCGACGGGCCGAUCCAUACAACAUACCCAGACUACACAUUCCCCGAAGUGGGCGAUUGGUUAACGUCACUAAAGACAAUGGGCAUUGACAUUUCCGGCAAUAUGUACGGAGGUGAAAACCUGGGCGCUGACGUCUCAACAUCUUGCAUCAACCCUUCAAAUUGGACGCGGUCCUACAGUCGUACCGGUUAUCUCGAUCCGCUUGCAGACCGGGGCAACUACGAUGUAUUGGCGAAUGCGCAUGUGACUCGGCUUGUUUUCGACAAUUCUACAUCUUCAGACAAGAAAACAGCGAGUGCUGUUGAAUACACAACUGAUAGCGGAUCAACGAAACUGAGUGUUAAGGUUAACAAGGAAGUCAUCCUAGCGGGUGGAAGUAUUGGCAGCCCAGCUGUAUUGCUUUACAGUGGUGUCGGCCCCAAGGACGUUCUUUCUAAGGCUGGUGUUGACCUUGUCUCUGAACUUCCUGGUGUAGGCCAACACCUUCAAGACCAUUUCAGUGCCACGGUGAAAUGGAGCACGAAUGUGGACACCGCAGGUUCCAUCUUUUACGAUGGCGGCAAAGAUAAGAAUAACCCCAAAUUCCUCACAUACAUCGAUUCCGCCGUUGCCUACGUGAACGCCACCGCUAUCUACGGCAGUAAAGUCGAUGAGUAUGAGUCGAAAUUCCUCGCUUCAAUCGAUCAGUAUGCACCGAACACAACUUACGACGAUGGCGUGGUCACCGGCUACAAAGCAAUUUGUAACACGACAUCGAAGAUCUUCGACACUCCGACAGGUCAAAUCGAGCUCCUCUUCAUGAACAGCGAUGGAAACGGUGAUAUUGGCAUCACAGCUGCCCUCCAACACCCAUUCAGCCACGGCCGUAUCUACAUCAACUCCUCGAACCCAAUGGAUUUCCCUGUCAUCGACCCGAACUAUAUGGCCAAUCCAGCUGACACCGAGAUCCUCCUUGCAGGUAUCAAACUCGCUCGCCAACUAGGCCAAACCAGCCCAAUAAGCAAAAGCCUCACAAACGAAACAUCCCCAGGCUCAGCCGUCCAAAGCGAUGAUGACUGGAUAGAAUGGCUACGAAAGUCAGCCAGCACGGAGUUCCACCCCUCCUCGUCGUGCGCAAUGCUACCCGAGGAGCAGGGCGGCGUGGUCGACGCCAAUCUGCGCGUAUACGGCCUUGCAAAUGUGCGCGUUGCAGAUGCCAGCGUCAUCCCAAUCGCCUUGUCUACACACUUAAUGUCCUCGACAUACGGUGUGGCUGAACAAGCGAGCGAUAUCAUUCGCCAAUAUUACAACUCGCCUGAGCCUGAGCCGGCUUUCAGUGGGUCGACUUCCACACCUUCCAGCAGCGCGGCUACCGCGAAGAAGAGUGGUACUGCGAGGAGCAAUGGUAGUCCCGCUGGCAAUAGUGGCGCUGCUUUGUCGCUCGCGUGGACUUCCAUUGUUCUUGUUUCUGCACAUGCUGUUGUUGGAUAUGCCGUGUUCGUAUAG